AUGUUCCUGGCGACCGCCAUCGGCUGCACGGUAGCCACGUGCCUGUCGACGUGGAACCGGUACCGCACCAAUCCCACGUCCGUCUCCAUGACGCACGACUACAACGAGUGGAUACUCGACUUCCCGGCCAGCUACGUGUGUCCCUCUAGCAAGGUCGACCCGGAGAGUCUUAACAUCACGUCCGCCCGGCUGGCCGGGGAGAACGCGUCCGAGGAGAGGCAGCAGCGUGUGCGCGACUACCUGCGGGCGGUGGCGAACGCCUCGCUGCGCCGCCUGGGGGCCCUGCGCCGCUUCGCGGGCGACCGCAGUCUGCCACAGUCCGACCUGCUGCAGCUGGUGCUCGAGGUGAAGUUCAACUUCUCACACACGGCGGCAAAUGUGCCGCCCUUACGGAUGACGCUGCUGGAGGAAGGCGUAUGCUACUACUCCAACGCCCGGGUAGCGCUCCUCGCGUCGCCUCUGCCUAAGGAAGAAGAGUCUGGAGUCACGGCGAGUAAAUACGUCACAUCAGUCGACCACGUAGACAUAACUGGCUCGGUGUCUUACAUGAACACAGGGUACAAGCUGUUCGUGUCGUCACCAGACGAGAUACCGAACAUGAUGUCAGCUGGCCAUUCCGCGAUGCAGCUAUCACAACUGGAAAUGUUCGUUGGGGUACUGCCCAUGUCCGCCACGGAAGCACUUCUUUCUCUGAGAGUGGAGCAGCGCCGCUGCCGGCAAGCGCACGAGUCUCCACUCGGCAUCAGUCCCGACUAUUACACCUACGGCUUAUGUCGCCUCCAGUGCCGCAUAGACCUCGCUACCAAGCUGUGCGGUUGCGUGCCCUACUUCUAUCCACGACAAGCGGGACAGAAAGAAUGCGACAUAAAGGGAAUGAUGUGUCUUCAUGACCAUGAAGAGGAAAUGGUGACGUUACCAGAAGGGCUGGCUGACUGCGACUGCCUGCCACGCUGCUCCGAGAGGCAUUACUACCCGCUGGAUUAUAAACUGUUAGACAAGUAA